CUUCCACCAAAAUAUUCUAAGAAAAACCCCAAAAAUCAAAACCCUAAUUUUCUUCCUUUCUUUCUCUCAUGGACAAUCAUCCAACCAUGCUUCACUCUUCACAAUAUUCUCACUCACCCCUCUUCAACUGCAUGUUCAUGAACUCCCAUCCCCAGGAUCAUGAAUUGAUCCAGCAUGAUCAACUUCCAGAUGAUGCGUACGUCGAUCUUCAUUGGAACCACAAAAAUGUUCAGAUCAAUAAUAUAAUUACUACUGUUGAGGACGAUGUUCCUUCUAACAACAGUACAGAAAAAGAGGCAAAACCCUGUAAAGGGAUCAAGGGCGGGAAGAAGUCCAGAGCACAUAAGUAUGCGUUUCAGACGAGGAGCCAGGUUGACAUUCUGGAUGACGGGUACAGGUGGAGGAAGUACGGGCAGAAGGAAGUCAAGAACAAUAAAUUCCCAAGUUAUUACAAGUGCACGCAUCAAGGUUGUAAUGUUAAGAAGCAAGUUCAGAGGCUAUCUGAAGAUGAAGGGAUUGUAGUAACAACCUACCAAGGCAUACAUUCCCAUCCAAUUCCCAAAUCUACAGACAACUUCCACCGCAUUCUCACUCACAUGCAAAUUUACACUACUUAGUCAGGAAAAAUGUAAUUUUAGUCCGAUAUGAAUUAAUUUUUGUAAAUUUAAAAAAAUUGACAAUUUUAGUCAUUUUUUUGGCUAGAAAAUUAAAUUAAAUUUGCACGUGACCCAAUUUAAAUUGCAAAUUUAUCAUGCAACUUAUGGGACUUAGUGUUUUUGUCCUACAAACAUUAAUUUCUAAAAAUAGCAAUUAAUCCUGAAAAAUCGGGCCCAAACCCAGACCCAGACCCGUCC